AUGACAGUUCCACAUGACUUAUGCGCCCGAAUUCAAAACGGCUUUCGAGCCAAGCUUGCUUCUAUAGCAGUACCAGAGUCGAAAAUGAAUUUAUCUAUUGUGAAAAUUCUUUACGAACAAGGUUUCAUAUCUUCAGUACAACGAGGGAAUCAGAUUAAACCCGAUGAAGUAUUUACACCCACACUACCAACAAACAUAGCAACGCGCAGACUUUGGCUUGACUUGAAAUACAGGGAUAACGAACCAGUACUUAAAUAUAUGAAAUGUGUUAGCAAAGGAUCGAAGAGAAUAUAUAUGAAUGUACAAGAAUUGAUGGAUUUAGCUAGUGGGAAAAGGGCAAAAUUUGUGCCAGCUUUGGAACCUGGUGAGAUUGCAAUUGUUAGUACUAUUAAGGGUGUAUUAGAAAUUAAAGAUGCGUUAGAUUCGCGUGUGGGGGGAGAAGUACUUUGUAGGGUUUGGUGA